CGGGCGGUGGCGCGGGCACGGAGGAGGACUCCAGUAGCCGCGUCGGCAGGCGACCCCGAGCCAGCUCCUGAGCCAUGUCCCUGAGCGAGCUGGCGCGGUUCCGCUGGCUUCAGGAGAGCCGCCACUCGCGGAAGAUCAUCCUGUUCAUCGUGUUCCUCGCGCUGCUGCUGGACAACAUGCUUCUCACUGUCGUGGUACCCAUCAUUCCUAGUUACUUGUACAGCAUCGAACACGAGAAAAACACCACGGAAAUCCAGACCACCAAGCCAGGGCUCACACCCUCUACCACGGGCAGCUUUCAGAACAUUUUCUCCUAUUAUGACCACUCCACCAUGACCACUGGAAAUGCCACCGGAAUCCCUCCACUGGUACAACUGCAUAAGACCACCACACAGCAUAUGGUAGCUAACACGUCUACUGCCCCUUCUGACUGCCCCAGGGAAGACAAAGACCUCCUGAAUGAAAACGUCCAAGUGGGUCUGCUGUUCGCCUCUAAGGCCACGGUCCAGCUCCUCACGAACCCGUUCAUCGGACUGCUGACCAAUAGGAUCGGCUACCCAAUUCCAAUGUUUGCGGGCUUCUGCAUCAUGUUUAUCUCCACCAUUAUGUUUGCCUUCUCCAGCACCUACGCCAUGCUGCUGAUCGCCAGGGCCCUGCAGGGCAUUGGUUCCUCCUGCUCUUCUGUGGCUGGCAUGGGCAUGCUUGCCAGCGUGUACACCGAUGACCAGGAGAGAGGAAACGCCAUGGGGAUUGCCUUGGGAGGCCUGGCCAUGGGCGUCUUAGUGGGCCCCACCUUCGGGAGUGUGCUGUACGAAUUUGUGGGGAAGACCGCGCCAUUCCUGGUCCUGGCUGCCUUGGUGCUUUUGGAUGGAGCCAUUCAGGUCUUUGUCCUCCAGCCAUCCCAGGUGCAGCCAGAGAGUCAGAAGGGGACUCCGAUAACCACCCUGCUGAGGGACCCAUACAUUCUCAUUGCCGCAGGGUCCAUCUGCUUUGCAAACAUGGCCAUCGCCAUGCUGGAGCCGGCUCUGCCCAUAUGGAUGAUGGAAACCAUGUGUUCCCACAAGUGGCAGCUGGGCGUUGCUUUCUUGCCAGCUAGCAUCUCUUAUCUCAUUGGAACCAAUAUUUUUGGGAUACUCGCACACAAAAUGGGAAGGUGGCUUUGUGCUCUUCUGGGAAUGACCAUUGUCGGAUUCAGCAUCUUAUGUAUUCCUUUUGCAAAAAACAUUUAUGGACUCAUUGCUCCUAACUUUGGAGUUGGUUUUGCAAUUGGAAUGGUGGACUCUUCAAUGAUGCCCAUCAUGGGUUACCUCGUCGACCUGCGACACGUAUCCGUCUACGGUAGUGUGUAUGCCAUUGCAGAUGUUGCAUUUUGUAUGGGAUAUGCCAUAGGUCCUUCUGCUGGUGGGGCUAUCGCCAAGGCAAUUGGAUUUCCAUGGCUUAUGACCAUUAUUGGAAUUAUUGAUAUUCUUUUUGCCCCUCUCUGCAUUUUUCUUCGAAGUCCACCUGCCAAGGAAGAAAAAAUGGCUAUUCUCAUGGAUCACAACUGCCCCAUUAAAACAAAAAUGUACACCCAGAACAACAUCCAGUCCUAUCCAAUAGGUGAUGAGGAAGAGUCUGAAAGUGACUGAGAACCUCCAAGUCAUCAAAGUAUUUCAUCGUAUAAAACAGUGUUUCCAGUGAAAUGACAUAUCCAACCUUAGUCAGACUCAUCUGUCCCUUGUGAAAGUGUAAAGCAACCCAAAGUUCUUUUCUCAUGGUUAUGAUCAAUUGCUAACAGCCUUAUAAGAUAAAGAAGCUUUCCCCAGGGGUUUGUAUAGUGUUGGCAACUUUAUUUUAUGUAUUUGGCUUUUAUUAAAUAUUUGACAAUAUAUUUUGAUGAAACAGGCAUAGUGUAAAUCUAUAAAUAUUUGAAUCCAAAUAUAAUUU